GCCAUAUUUUGCGGAUCGGAAGAGGUCAGAAGAGGUAUUCGGUACUAUCAUUUGUGUGCAAGUUACAUUAAUAUCAAUUAAUAUAUUCCGUUCGCCGUGCAUUCAGCUAACCGUGAAAUAACGGAUAUUAAGCGUUCCUUGUCAUUGUUCGGAGGUCAAUUCGCAUAGAUCAAGACGAGGAUUGAGGAAUCGUUGGAGCUGAAAUUGAAUAAAUGUGCAAGUAACAUGUACAGCAAUAACAUCGACCCAUGGGAGCCUGGUUAUGGGCCAGAAAGAAGAAGUCACAAUUCCGAUUAUGACUAUCGUAGUGAUUAUGGAAACAACAGAUCACCAGAAUAUUCAGAACAUCGUGAUGUUGAUCAUCGUGAUAGAGAUCAUCGUAGUCCGGAUUACAGAAAUCACCGUGGAAGAGACAGAGAUCGCGAAAGAGAUCGUUCGAGGGAUAGAAGAGACCGUAGCAGAGACGAUCGUGAUCGCAGUUAUAGGGAUCGCGAAGAUCGUUAUGGGAGACAGAGAGAUAGGGACUCUGUAGAAAGAGACAGAGAUAGAGACAGAGACAGAGAUAGAGACCGUUCCAGACGCGACAGGGAUCGGGAUAGAGAUAGGGACCGUAGGGGGAAACGGGAGGAUCGGGAUCGCGAUCGCGAUGACGAUCAUAGUCGAGAAAGUUUGGACUUUGAGCACGAUCAUGGUCGUGCCUACGGUUCGUCCAUGGAAGGGAUCCACUACAAAUCGCAAUCGCCCAACAACACCAUAAUGAUACGUGGGCUCGCUCAGCAUAUUACUGAAAAUGACGUGCGGCAAGACAUUCUCAACUGUGGCCUCAUGCCUAAGGACAUCAGGCUAAUACGGAAAAAAGAUACAGGUGCUUCGCGAGGUUUCGCAUUCGUCGAGUUUAACGCGACUCAGGAGGCCGCACGAUGGAUGGAGAUGAAACAGGGAGUACUGAUGCUGCAGGAUCAAUAUCGUGCACUGAUGCAGUACAGUAUACCGAAAGAGUGCCAUGUGGAUAAACCGCCAGCGAAGAAUACGCAAGAUUGGCACUGCGUUAAGUGUGGAGCACAUAAUUUCAAACGACGCGAGACUUGCUUCAAGUGUUCUGCCUCACGAGCGGAGAGCGAGGAAGGUGGGGAAGGUAGCGACGAAAUCAGCCCGCAUCCCACAAACACUGUACUUUUACGGGGAUUAGACGUAUUAACGACUGAGGAUUCGGUUCUGCAAGCAAUGAAGAAUCUGUCAUCGAUGCCAAUACGUAGUAUUCGGAUUGGUCGUGAUUCUCUCACGAACACGUCUAGAGGAGUAUGCUACCUGGAGAUGGGCAAUGUAGUAGAUGCUAUGUAUUUGCAUACCGCACUCACGAAACAAGGACUGGUGGUCGACGGCAGAAAGGUGGAGAUAACGUACUGUAAACUUCAUCAAAUUAAUAAUGCCAACGCGUGGAAGUCGAAUGACACUCAGCCACAGAGAUAUACCUUGGAUGAUGUCGCUCAAUUGGCUGAAUAUAGUGCCAAUUUGUAUGCUAAAACGCCUGCACAGAAGGCUCAUUACCUUCAGUAUUACACGCAGUACUAUCAAAAUCAAAUAAUGCAAGGUUCAGCAAUCACAUUGCCAUCCCUGAAUCAAACAGAUCGAGUAAACGCGGCCGCGGCGGUAGCGCAAUCCGCUAUACAACAAUUGCAGGCGUCCAGAAAGCUAGGAGGUGAAACCGAUGACGUGAAAGGACGGCCAACUCCUACAGCACCUUCCAGUACAGCAUUAGCGAGCGGAAGGAUUCCUGCACACUCCAGCGAUGGGAAAAUAUACUCUGUACCGGACGUCAGCACUUAUCAUUAUGAUGAAUCAUCUGGCUACUAUUAUGAUCCUAGCACGGGAUUAUAUUAUGACCCAAACUCGCAAUAUUAUUAUAACAGUCAUACGCAACAGUUUCUUUAUUGGGACGCCGAAUCAUUCUCUUAUCAACCAGCUAAAACUACUGCAAGUUCAAUGCAUGGAGCUACAAGCACGAUAACAGCAAUGGCAAGUAGUAUAGAUUCCACGAAUACAAUCAGCAAUAAAGCUUUGUCAGCCGGUAAUGCUCAGGAGGCAUCAAAAGAGGACGAGAAUAAAAAGAAGGACAGCAAACAAGACAAAGUAAAAGUAGCGAAGAAGAUAGCAAAAGAUAUGGAACGUUGGGCAAAGACUUUAAAUCAGAAAAAGGAGAACGCCAAGAGUAACUGGAAUUCUGAGUUCGCCGGUAUGGAUGGCAAUCAGGGUGUCGGAAGUGGCGCGGCAGAUGCAGGAUAUGCCAUUCUGGAAAAGAAAACUAUCGCGAAUCCUUAUCACGAGGAUGAAGAUCAAAGCGGUAAUGGAUUGGUAGCUGCUUACGGAGGCGGUAGUGAUACAGAGGAGGAGAUAGAAGACGUGCAACAGGAAGAGAGACAACAUACGGAUUGGAGUAAGCUGGCAUGUUUACUCUGUAAAAGACAAUUCCCAAGCAAGGAGGGGUUGCUCCGUCAUCAACAGUUGUCUGAUCUUCACAAACAAAACCUGGAAAACUGGUAUCAAGUACGUGGUCUGGAUCCCAAUGAUCCACAGCAGAGAAAUAAUAAAUACAGAGACCGUGCCAAGGAAAGGAGAGCCAAGUACGGUGAACCCGAACCACCGCAGCCCAAUAAAUUGAAGGAGAAAUAUUUAAAAACUAAGGUAGAGGAGAUGUCGGUAUCGUACGAGGAGCCUACACGAGCCGGUAUCGGGUCCGAUAACGUUGGCAAUAAAUUAUUGCAAAAGAUGGGCUGGAGCGAAGGAAUGGGUUUAGGAAAAUCUAAUCAAGGUCGAACAAGUAUUAUUGAAGCGGAGAGGCGCGUUCCUACGGCCGGCUUAGGAGCGAAAACUUCGUCGUAUAGCGCACUACCGGGCGAUACCUACAAGGAUUGUGUGAAAAAGAUGAUGUAUGCGCGAUACCAAGAACUGUCUGACACAUAAUACGUAGGAUAUGAUUAAGAUAGAUUUUAUAUAUACAUAUAAGUUCUUGGUACUCCAUUUUCCAUAGACACAUAAUUAUACACUCGUAUUGUUAUUCGAAUAAUGUAAUAGCAAUUUAUUGUAACUGCAUAGUGAUAGCCAAUUCUUUGGGAUUGUUGUGUGCGUCAUGCAAUAUGCAUUUUAUACAUCCUCGUGUAAAGUCCCGUUCUCGUAUGGUUCAACGAGUUUUUCUCUCUAUAGAUAAUAAAUUUCUUUUUUUUUUCUGUAAUACGGUACACGAAUAUACAAU